UGUUACCUCGGUUAGAGCUAGUGCUAACGCGAACUGGCAACUGACGCAACCAUAAGGCGCAUCCAUCGCGUGCGCCUAACGUACUCUCGACAGUGAACGACAUCUUGUUACACCCCGCCGCCGGCCACCUUCGUUCGAUGAAAAUGUCGCUCAAUGAGAAACGGAUGUUUGAUCGUGAAACACUCCGAUCCGUCAUCCAGCAAUGGAACACGGUUCGGUUGGAUAUUUUUGCCCUGUCGGAGCCGAAUGAGAACCUGGAAUUCCAUGGUGUGAUGCGAUUUUACUUCCAAGACGAGGGCCAAAAGGUAGCAACCAAAUGUAUCCGUGUCGCAUCCGACGCCACCGUUUCCGACGUUAUCGAAACGCUGAUAGAGAAAUUCCGUCCCGAUAUGCGUAUGCUGUCCCUGCCAAACUACGCACUGUAUGUGGUCCAUGCGAACGGCGAAGAGCGAAAGCUGAAUCCCGACGAGAAACCUUUGCUCGUUCAGCUCAAUUGGCACAACGAUGAUCGUGAGGGACGAUUUCUGUUGAAAAAUUGUGCCCAAAAGACAAAUACCUUGGACAGCAUCACCGAUCAGCCGAGCUUCAAACGCAAACUGUCGAAAAGGGAAAAGAAGGAACAAAAGAAGAAAGAAAAGUUGAACAAACUGCAAUCAAGCGGUGGUGCUGGUGGACCGGAUUCGGAGAAUCACGUUGCCGAGAAACUGUACACCGAGCUGCCGGAAACAUCGUUUACACGAUCCAUCUCCAACCCGGAAGCGGUAAUGCGGCGUCGCCGACAGCAGAAGCUGGAAAAGAAAUUGCAACAGUUCCGGUCGAGGGACGGCGGGCCGGACACUGGCGGGACGCUGAAGAUCUAUGGCGAAAGCCUUUGCCGAGACGUACCGUACAAAACGCUACUGCUGUCGAUUCGGGACUGUGCCCAGGCCGUAGUCCGGGAGAUGCUCGCCAAAUAUGGCAUGGAUAAAGUGGAUCCGCUUCACUACUGUCUCGUACAGGUCAACAGCGACGGAUCCGAAUACAUCCUCGACGACGACGAAUGUCCUCUCUCAAUUCUAAUGAAUCACCCUACAUCUCGAGGUUCAAUCAUGUUUCACGUGCGCCGCCGACCCGCGGAUUCGCAGCCGCGAAGACGGAAAAAGAAACCGCUAGGCGUAUCGAAUGGUGGAAACAACAUUGGCGGUGACCGGGAAGGUCCGAUGCUGAUCGAGAUCACGCACAGCGGUGACGGUGGGCGACGCGUGAAACUAGGCAGCGAACCGAUCGAGGUCGGUUCGGCCAACACUAAUGCCCUGCAGCUGUUUGGUCCCUCGAUACAGGCACGCCACUGUUUAAUAUCGAUGCACGACGGAGUCUGCACCGUGACGCCCUUGCACGCAGAUGGUACAACAUUUGUCAACGGUCAUCAUAUCCAGCAGCCGACGAUACUGCACAAUGGUUCCGUGGUCAUGUUUGGCCGGGUUGCGUCGUACCGUUUCGUCGAUUCACCGUCGGAUGGGCGAUAUAAUCUGGCACUGUCUCAAUCCCAACUGGAUUCGGCCUGUUUGUACGAAAGUCGAUCACCGACCUCGCCUACAUCCUGGAAUGACGAAGAGAGCCGCCCUAUCAGCCCAAUCAGUUCAGUACAGAUGGCAGGUGGUGGUAAGAUGCCGGCCGGAAGCAACAUCGGUAGUGGUAGUUUUCUCGACGGUCCUGUCCCAUCGACCAGUGCCGAAAGUGCAUCAUCACAACAACAGUCAAAUGCGUUCGCGAAAACGUCAUCGUACGACAUGCAAUCGACGCCCAGUUCUCAACAAACACAACAAACGCAUCCACACAUGCACCAUCACCAUCAUCACCAUCCGAGUGGUCUGCUCGUGACCGCAUUAGACGGGCCGGAUGUAAUAGGUGCAGACGAUGCGGCCAGCUAUAAAGGAGGACACGCUGGUAAUAACGAUCACAAUGAAGGUGAACAGCAGCAGCAGCAGCAGCACCUCGCCAAUAGUGGAGGAAAUUUUGGGGCCGGAAAUGGAGGUGAAACAGAAACGAAAUCUAUUUCCAGCUUCAAAUCAAUUGGAUCAACCACCGACAGGACGAGCACGUUCCCCAAACUUCAACCAUCGCACGCAGCUACAUCAAUUUCGGGUGAACCCGGCGGACAGGAACCCAUCCUUCCUGCCGUGCUAGAGUUUCCGGAACAAAACCAGGAACCAUUCCUGCAAUCCGUCAUCAGCGAGCUGGAUGUAAAUUCGCCCAACUUCAAACUGGCACCGGUCUACACACUCUACCUGUGCGCUCGAUACCGUGCCUCGACUCACUAUCGUCCCGAUUUGCAGCCAACAGAGCGAGCCCACAAGCUGACCGUAUUUCUGCAUCACGUUGCCAAUCUAAUCCAAAACGUUGUCCAGGAGCAGUACACCGAUGCCAAAAUUCUGUCCUUCUGGAUGGCCAACAGUUCCGAGUUUCUGCACUUUCUCAAAUCGGACCGUCACAUUUCGGCGUUUAGCGUGCAGGCCCAGGAAGUGCUGGCAGAAAGUGUGCAAACAGCUUUCCGCAAUCUAGUGUCGAUAUUUCACGUCGAGCUGUCGCAGACGCUGAAUCAGUUUCUGUCGGAAAACAUUGAUCACGACUCGGCUGCUGGGCUGGUUUUGUCGGUGCUCGGUUCGGCGAUGGCUUUGCUACGUCGUUGCCGGGUGAAUGCUGCGCUCACGAUUCAACUGUUUUCGCAGUUAUUCCACUACAUCAAUGUGGUGUGCUUCAACAAGUUUGUCACAACUUCACACAUGUGCACCAGCGCAUGGGGAAAAGCCUUAAGCGAGCGCCUAUCGCUCCUGGAACUAUGGGCAGAAAAGCAAGGCCUCGAGUUGGCGGCCGACUGUCAUCUGGCGAAAAUAAAUCAGUGUGCCCAGUUUCUGCAAGCCCCCAAAACAUCCGUCUCCGACGUGCAACAGUUGGCGUGUUCGUGCUUUCGACUAAACUCGCUACAAAUGGCUGCCCUACUGUCGCAGGAAACCAUUCCCCGUAACCUGAUCGACACUGCGGUACGGAUGGCAGAAUCGGUUGCGGACGAGCUGAGCCGUGCGGAUGGACGGGAGAUACGGCUAGAAGAAUCACCCGAGCUGCCACUAGCGCUGCUCCUGCCAGACGACGGUUUCAGCUGUGACGUUGUUCGGGGCAUUCCGGCCGGUUUGGUGGACUUCCUAAAUCCGUUCCAAAUGGCGGGCUGGUGCAGAUUAGCAUCGCAACCGACAAGUAUAGGCCUGUGGACGGUGUACAUGCAUCAGUUCAAUCACGGCCGCUCGCCGAGUGUGAUGUCGAGUAAGUUGCCGCAGCCAGAAGUGCAGAUUAUCAAGCUGCACAAAAACGCGAACGGCAUGGGGCUUUCGAUUGUAGCAGCCAAAGGUGCCGGCCAGGAACGGCUCGGUAUCUACAUCAAGUCGGUGGUCGGUGGCGGUGCGGCCGACUUGGAUGGACGGCUGCAGGCAGGUGAUCAACUGUUGGAAGUCGACGGUCAAAGCUUGAUCGGUAUUACUCAAGAACGUGCGGCGGAUCAUUUGGUGCGUACCGGACCAGUUGUAACGUUGAAAGUAGCCAAGCAAGGUGCCAUCUAUCAUGGAUUAGCCACACUUCUCCAACAGCCAAGCCCCGUUAUUCAGCGAGGCGGUCGACGAAUGUCCGAAAGAGACAUGACACGCGUCGGCACAAGCAGUGGCGACAUCAGUAAGCCUCCAGUACCCGCAUCAGCCGCCGGACAGCAGUUAUUGAAUAGUAAAUCCGUUCCAGCACUGCACCAUGUAGGCAAUAUUGGAGCUUCAGCUAAUAAAUCCCGUAGCAUACAUAAUCUUGCCGGUGGAGGUGUUGGAGGAGGAAGUGCAGGAGCGAUCGGUCAAUCGGGAACCAGUCAAGAUCAAGGAUUCUAUCAAAACCUCAGUGUGUAUAGAGCCCAGAACCAGAGCCAUCCAAAUCUUGGCGAACGGCCUCCAAUGCCUCUGCAGCCGUCUCUCAAUUCCCCCGGUGCUUCCAGUACGGUUCAUCAGCAACAGCAGCAAAUGUUGCAGCAUCAACACCAACAUCAGCUCCAACAGCAGCAGCAGCACCAACAGCACCCGAUUCUAAACCGUCCAGCGUCUGCCUAUUUUAAUAGCAAUAAUAGCAGUAACAAUGCCAACCCUAGCAAUUUGUUACUGACAACACAAAACACCAUGUCUUAUACGAUGCCUAAUCAGCAGCAGCCUAAUAAUAGUAAUAACGGUAAUCUAGCAAACAUAUCGCAGCAACAGCAAGGUAACAUGAACACGAUGAACAACCGACUAACAUCGACGAUGGGUGGAAAACAGCCGGCCAUACUACCUCCUGGUGGGGCCGGAAACAGUGGAAACGCAAACGGGUUUAUGCGCGAUGCCCAGGCGCAACAGAGCCUGCGGAUGAAUCAAAUGAUGGCACCCUCGAUGCCUAACAUUGCACACUCGGUAGGAGGCGGUGGCUAUCCGGCACCGGGCAUGAUCUCGGCAAGCCAGAGCAUGCAAAAUGUAAACGUAAUUCCCGGCGGACCAGGCAGUCCAGCUGGUGGUAGCUACAACUAUCACGGUGGUAGCGCUAAUGGUGGUAGCCCCAUGCUUUCCCCUCAGAUGUAUCCUCACGAUGGACAGCAGCAGCUUGGCGGGCAACAUCAUUCAUCGCUGCUGCGCGGUCAAGCCAAGUUGGCAGAAAUGAAUGAACUUAUCAAACGUCGCCAGCAACAGCAACAACAACCCGUGUCGUACAAUAUGGGCACGGCAAACAAACCACCUUCACAGCAGCAGCAAUCGAAUGCGACAAUGCCUCCUUCAACGGCGCCAAAACCAAUGCGUGCUGGCCAAGAGGAUCAACCGCCGCUUCCUCCUGCAUCAACACAUCCGAUGUUCAAACCAGGCAGUGUAGGAGGCCCAAACAACAAUAAUGCCUACAGUAGCGCUGAACCACCCAAAGUGGGCUAUUACCCCACAAUGCCAUCGCAAAACAAAAACUUACCCCAGGUUGGCAGUAGUCCCUGGGAGCGGGAAGAAAAGGAGAAGGAAAGUGAACUGCGUCGGGAGCAUGUGCGUGCCUGGCGGGAUCAGCAGAUUGGCGAGUUGCAGUCACUGCCGCAGCGUACACCGAAGCAAGAGGAACAGCUGCGAACGCUAAUCCUAGAGCGCGAUUUCGAGCGGCGCGCCAUGGAAGAGGAUCAAGAUUACGACAACGAUAUGGCUCCGUACGGUGCGAAAGAGCAUGGCAAUGUGCAGGAGGUAGUCCGGUUGGCACAACCCAACUCUGGCUCCAUCACCGCACCGAUGACGAAGCUGAAACAGGUUGAUAUCAAAACGCCUUCAGCCGAUACGCUCUCCAUCACGUCCAGCGAACAUUCGUCGAACGUGGUGCCAUCUGUUUCGACAGCGAUCGCCAAUUUUCAGCAGCAACAGCAGCAACAGGCAUCCGGUAGUAGCGGUGGACCUCCCUUAAUUCAACCCAAAAGCAUACUGAAACAUAACAACAACAGCAGUACACCUUCGUCUCCAUCGAAAGGAGCCGCAAAAACGGCAAGCUUUGCUCACGACGGAAACAAUCCAUCGGCACGAUCGCAGUUAAAUCUGAGCGAAAUAACUGCCAACAAUACGAAUGCAAAUCAGAUGAUGUCACAAAUGGUGCACGAUAUGAACCAGAUGAAUCUGUCCUCCAAUAUGGCUGGUGGUGCGGUUCAGCAGACAGGCAUGAUGGGCGAAGAUCGUGAAAACAGCGAGUACGGGCAUCCGAUGCCACACGAACAGCAAACACUGAUGAACGGUGUCGGUGGAGGAGGAGCGAACCCAUACAUGAUGGGCGGCGAUGCAAACAAUGGUAACGGAGGCGUUGGUGGUGGUGUUCCACCACCUCCACCACCGGAGCGGAACAGCUCCUAUGUGAUCAUGUCGCAGCAACAGCAAAAGCUACGGACAAGCACUACUGGCCCCGGGAAACUGUCCUUUACCGGUGGUCCAAACACCAACAGUCCCGCAUUGGAUAUACAGCAACAGCAACAGAAUAUUAUGAACAACAAUGUAAACACAAUGGGCGGUGGUCGCUACAACAAUAAUAACCUACUUAUGACCGCCCCGAACAAUGGUCAGCUCAACAAUAAUCCAUCUACGCCAAUCGGUGGUGCAAACAGUACGAUGCCGCCGGGAGGAACCUCUUCGUUAUUAGCGAACAACAGCUAUAAGGACAACAAACGGGUGUCGUUCCAUGAUGAGGACGCCGGCAACAACAACAACCCAUCGACGCCAAUGAUGGCUGCUGGGCCCGCUGGCUAUACACAGGCCGGCCAUUUGAUAGGCGGUACAAUUGGUUGCAACGAAACGACAGGCGGUAGCGGAGAGCUAGGCACUAUACUGGAACGACCAGAUCCGGACCGUUUCAUCGAUGAAACAAUGCCGGCAAUGCUUCACACACCCACCACACCGGAUGGAGAAAACUGGAACAUGCAAAUUCAAGCCACACCAGGAGUAAUCGGUGCACAAGAAGUUUAUCGUGACCCUCGUACGCGUCGAUUGGCGGAACAGCAACAGAAGCAAAAAUCCGAAGCAGUACCCGAAAAGCUAUCGUUCAAAGAAAAGAUGAAGAUGUUUGCGCUGGAAUCGGGAGAAAAUAAUACACCGAAAGAUAAGCUAAAAAUAUCCCGCGCCCAAAGGGACAUAGAUGCCGUUCAUUAGAG